GUGAUACACUGAUUGUUGAAGAGGAUACGUCCAAAGCCAAGACCGACUCACCUGUGCUUGCAAAAAGAACAAUGUCUAACUCGGUUAGGGAAGCCGUGCCCGUGCUCGCCAGGAGGGUUGUGCCAGCAGAUAACUCUUGUCUCUUCACCAGCGUGUACUAUGUGGUGGAAGGAGGCGUCUACGACCCAGCCUGUGCUCCAGAGAUGCGCAGCCUUAUAGCCCAGAUAGUAGCAAGCGAUCCGGAAUCGUACUGUGAGGCAGUUCUAGGGAAAACCAACAGGGAGUAUUGUGACUGGAUCAGGAGGGAAGAGACCUGGGGAGGAGCCAUCGAAGUGUCCAUUUUAUCCAAGUUUUACCAGUGUGAAAUCUGUGUGGUGGACACGCAGACAGUGAGGAUCGACCGCUUUGGGGAGGAUGCCGGUUACACUAAGCGGGUCCUUUUAAUUUAUGAUGGGAUUCAUUAUGAUCCACUUGAGCGUAAAAUCCCAGACUCGGACAUUCCUCCCCAGACCAUUUUCUCCACGAGUGAUGAUAUUGUCCUUGCACAAGCGUUGGAACUGGCAGAUGAAGCCAGGCGGAAGAGGCAGUUCACGGAUGUGAAUCACUUCACGCUGAGGUGCAUGGUGUGCCAGAAGGGACUCACGGGACAAGUGGAAGCCAGAGAACACGCCAAGGAGACGGGACACACCAACUUCGGAGAAGUGUGACAUCUGCAUGAGGAUGGUUACAUCGACUACCUCAUCGAUCCAGAAUAAAAUUCUGGAUUCCCAGAUAAGCUGUAUGUAAUCCUAAAAUUCCGUUCACAGAGCUUGAAAAGCAAAUUAACUUAAUGAUGGCCAGGAUGCACAGGUUUGUUAUGGCUAGGGAUUUUUCCCAAGGGAUUUGAAAUAGGUAUCUUCUCGCAUGCUAAUUUAUAGUACUUUGGCAGGUGGUAUACACUGGCAGCUAGAACUUGAUUCC